AUGGCUCCACAGGCUCUGAGAUUCCUGCCCACAAGGGAACCUGGACCACAACUAAGACCAUGUGAUGCACACACUCCCAUGAGUCUAUUCAAAAAGUUUUUUUCUGACACUGCUGUGACAACUCUGUGUCAAAACACCAAUGCUCAGGCUGCCAGGGCAUGUGCAAAGGGACAUAAAUAUAAAUGGACAGAUGUCAGCAUCAGUGAGCUGUACUGCUACUUUGGGUUACUCUUCUACAUGGCAAUGGUGAAGUUGAGUUCCAUCACAGACUACUGGCGGCAGAACAAUCUUUUCUCUGUUCCUUUUCCUGCCACAAUCAUGUCAAGGGACAGAUACCGCACAAUUUCAUGGAAUCUGCACAUGAGUAACCCAGAUGCAGACCAGGACAAUGACAAAAAGAGGGGCACAGCUGAACAUGACCGUCUUUUCAGAGUCAGGCCCCUCAUGGACACAAUCCGGCUUGCAUGCAAGGCCAUCUAUCAACCAAGAAAAAAUUUGGCAGUGGAUGAAAGAAUGGUGGCAUGCAUAGCAAACACAGGAAUGACUCAGUACAUGAAAGCCAAGCCAACCAAAUGGGGCUUCAAGUUGUUUGUUCUUGCGGAUUCUUCAAAUGGAUAUACUGCAGAUUUUGCUGUUUACACAGGAAAGAACCACUUUCCCACAGGCCAUGGACUUUCAUAUGACGCUGUGACAUCUCUGUUGGACCGUACAGUUUUGGGCUCUGGGUACCAUGUAUACAUGGAUAAUUUCUACACUAGUCCCAAGCUCCUAAGAGACUUGUUUGCUUUGAAGUUUGGUGCAUGUGGGACUUACAGAGACAACAGGAAAGAUUGCCCUCGGAAUGCAGCUAACUCCCUCACCAAAAAAUCUGUGAGGGGCUCCAUCAGGUGGAUUCGAGACAAAGAUCUUGUGUUUGUGAAAUGGAUGGACACACGAGAGGUGUCCGUCUGCUCCACCAUCCAUGCUGCUUACACAGGAGACAAUGUGCAGAGGAGGGCAAAAACACAAAAUGGAUGGAGGAAAAAGAGUUUUCCAUGUCCUGCACCUGUGACUGCCUACAACCAGCACAUGGGGGGUGUUGACCUGUCUGAUCAGCUGUUACAAUACUACAGUACACAGCACAAAACAAUGAAGUGGUACAGAAAGCUAUUUCUGCACUUCUUGGACAUUGCUGCCAGCAAUGCUUAUAUUUUACACAAAGAGCUUUAUGGCACCAUGACCCACAAGGAGUUUAUGGAAGAACUAAUUGCAGAGCUCUGUGGUGUGUCACAGAAAAUACCACCAAAGCGGACCAGUGCUGACCAUGAGCCUAUUCCAGGAUCUGAGCAGCCCUCAGGUGCCACUGCUGGUCGCCGGACUUGUGUGCUUUGCAAAGUAAAGCAUGGUAAGAGACAGGACACUCCUUGGAAAUGCCAGGCAUGUGAUGUGCACUUGUGUGUCCAGUUGAAAAGGAACUGUUUCCUGGAGUGGCACAGAGACGUAUAA